GAAGAAGAAGAAGAAGAGGAGGAGCAGCGUGCGUGCGUGCGUGCGUGCGUGUGACGCCAUUACGUUGUUUGUCAAUCGUUGUACGUGUCGUUGAUUCCGAAUCCAGGCCUUCACAAAUACAACAGACGGGAAGAGACGUACUUUCACAUCUUAUGGUGGUUUCCUGUGAUCACUUAAGCAGCAGAAAAAUGAACGUGUUUGAUCGCAACAUAAACUUUGACGCUCUCUUAAAGUUCUCUCAAAUCUCUCGCUCGACUCAGCAGCACCUGAAGAAUGUCUAUGCCAGUCUGGCUGUGUGUUUGCUGGUGGCAGCCGCCGGCUCCUACAUCUACAUCAUCACAGGUCUUUUUCAGGGUGGGCUGACCAUGCUUGGAUCACUGGCUAUGAUGGGUUGGCUUGCCAUGACCCCUCACAGCCCUCAGACAGAGAAGAAGAGAUUGGCCAUCCUCGCUGCUUUUGCUUUCUUCACAGGUCUUGGACUCGGCCCGCUCAUGGACUACGUCAUUAGUGUCAACCCAAGCAUCAUCCUGACUGCUUUCCUGGGCACCUCUGUCAUCUUUGCCUGCUUCACAUUGAGUGCCCUCUAUGCACAGCGCAGAAGUUAUCUCUUCUUGGGAGGCACUCUGAUGUCAGGGCUGACUGUUCUUCUGCUUGUAUCUGUCCUCAAUAUGUUCUUCGCCUCAGCAAUAGUCUUUAAGGCUCAUGUGUAUCUGGGUCUGGCCAUCAUGUGUGGCUUUGUGCUGUUUGACACACAGCUAAUUAUUGAGAAGGCAGAAAUGGGAGACAAAGAUUACAUCUGGCAUUGUGUUGACCUCUUCCUGGACUUUGUGACCAUCUUCAGAAAGCUUGUUAUCAUCCUCUCUAUGAAUGAGAAGGAAAAGAAGAAGGAGAAGAAGUAAUUUUCAUAAGAGUGAAAACAUCUGUGAGCUGAAUACUUGUCAGCAGCUUCAUUAUGAAUCUGAUUACAUAGUUUGAUUAUAUUUUAUGUGAUUUGAUAUAGUGUCUUAAUUUUAUUUUUGAAAAUUGUUACUGGGCUUUGGAUAUGUUGUCAGGCUGAUGACCUAAUGUUGUUUGAUUAAAUUUUGAAAUCUUAUUUAAAAGCUUAGGUUGAACUUUAAUUUCUUUGACUUACUGCAACUCUCUGAGGCAGAAAUUAGAGGUCUGUAGAAAAGGAAUCUCAUGGGGUCUCUUAAAAAACCUGAUUUAAUAUUGUACAUACAAUAGAAACUUUUGCGUGUAAUGGAGUUGUUACUGCUAGGUGAUAGAAGACUUUCUUACCUAUACUCUCAAAAAUAUCAAAUUGUGUAUCAUAAAUACCUUCUAAUCAUAACAUGGUUGUUUCACUAAACUGCUUUUUUGUGUUUAUUGCGUUAAUUCAUUUACAUUUUUUUCUUUGUUGCCAAUGCCACAUUAAAUUGUUUUUGUAGCUGCUAGUGCCAAUUUUGUUAAUUUAGUCAAGUCUAACAUUAAUGCAUUUAUCAGUGAGAUCACAGAUGAGAUUUUUAUUUUAUUCAUGAAUAUUGUGCAUCUUAUGUCAAUAAAUGGUGCCACAGAUUGCA